GAUUUCGUUACUGACGCCAGGGUGUCUGCUGGUCAUGGGAGUACUGAUUUAAGUAUUUAAACCAUAGCAUGGAUUUUUCUCUCUCUCUUUCUCUCUCUGAGAGAAAGAGAGAGAGAGAGCUUACGCGCGUUGUCAUUUGGUACAUUAAGACAGCGUCUCAAAAACGUCAAGCGUAACCGGUCUUCUCCGGUGUAUGUGUUUUAUGCGCAUUAGACCAUGUAUGCGCUGCUGACAGUAAUGACCAGAGUCACGUUCCCACAGCCGUUAGGGUUCGGUGACCUGACACGGUUAGCUGACAGACGCUUGAAUAUACCCAAUCACGAGUGAAACGACUCGGUAAACACGCCUCUCAUUACUAUACGCCUGUUAUCAUUGGCUCAGCGCGACAUGAGGGUUUGUUUAUUUUUGGGGAGAGGCGGGGCUACCGAAGCGCAAGUAUAUAUGAUGCGCUCCCGCGCCCCUGGCUCGACUUUAAAUGCGCUGCGGAGAAGAACGGGUCGUGUGAUAUCUACCGGAGAGGAACGGACCGCGUUAUAUCUACCGGAAAGGAACGGACCGCGAUAUAUCUACCGGAGAGGAACGGACCGCGAUAUAUCUACCGGAGAGGAACGGACCGCGUUAUAUCUACCGGAGAGGAACGGGUCGCGUGAUAUCUGCCGGUGCACGGCGAGCGUUGUGGACAUCGGCGUCGCUCACGUGUCCGCUGGAUAUCGAAUUUACAGCCGCAAAACCAAAACCCACCGCAAUGAAAGCGAUCAGUCCCGUGCGCUCAGUCAGGGGCUGUUACGGCGCGGUGCGCUGCAUCUCGGAGCAGAGUCUCGCGAUCACCCGCAGCCGAAGUCCGUCGGAGGAGCCGGUGCUCGCGCUGUCCGACAUGAACGACUGCUACUCCAGACUGAAGGAGCUCGUGCCGAGCAUCCCACAGAACAGGUCCGUGAGCCAAGUGGAGAUUCUGCAGCACGUGAUCGAUUACAUAUUCGACCUGCAGAUAGCGCUGGAGAGCGAGACGGCCGCGAGGAGCGCGCUCGAGACCCCGGAGAUCUCGCACGGCUUCUCUAAAGAGGACGGGACUCUGUGCCACUAGGAGAGCCAACGGUGCAGGACAGAAACUUCUCCACUCAUGGACAAGAGGAGAGAGAGAGGGAGAGGUUGAACACACACCAGGAGUGCAUCUAUUCAGAGUGUGGGAAAGAACUGCCUGCCACUCCGUUCAGCCAGUCUUUGGUCACUGGAUACUUCAACACACCAAAGCUGAAGAUUUCUGAAGUUCCGAAGAACUGUUGCUAUAGAGACUUUUUUUCUUUUCCUUUUCUGUUCCUUUUUUUUUUAAAUAAUCUCCUCUUGUGAUGCCACAAUCAAGCAUUUCUGACUGGACACAUUCCAAAUUGACUAACUUUACACUUUACACUUUACAUUCUUUACAAUUCCUUAGUUUAGUUAAACAUGUCCUUCAGUCUCUUUCUCUCUUUCUCUCUCUCUCUCUCUCUCUCUCUCUCUCUCUCUCUCUCUCUCUCUCUCUCUAUGAUAACACAGCAGUGUUGUAAAACAGCUGCCAUUCCAUUUGGUUUCAGAAAGUGAUUUUUCUUUUUCACUGAACAUUUGUACAUAUUGUUGAUGAGGGUUUUUCUUUCAAGGGGUUUUCAUGGGUGGGUGUGGUCCAGGGUGUGUUUAUGGAUUCUAGAGAAAUUAUAAUCUGUACUCUAUAAAUAUAGAGUGAAUUGUAAUUGUUUGUGGAGAUGAUACAUUUCUGCGGACUCUAUCCACUGAGUUUUAUAAACUCCAUCAUUAUUUUGCAUUUUGUAUACAUUCACUUUUUUGCAUAAUAAAAUAAAUCACAAAGCUGCAAUGGUAUCUGA